UGUCAGAAAGAAGAAAUCGAUUAACGUCAAAAAAUUUGAAUAAGCGAACUUUUUUAAAUGCUAAUAUUGAGUAAUAGAAACCAUAAUAAUUUAAGGAACCGACACUCUUAAUAGUAUUAAUUAAGGCUUAAGUAAUAAUUUAAGGCUAAGGCAAUAAUUUAUAAAACCCAAGUGAAAUAGAAUUUAUAAUAUUUAAGAGGAAAAAAAAUAGUGAGUGUAAAUGAAGAAGAGAUAAGAAUAGGCUUUAAUUGUCGUUUCUUAAUUUACAGGUAAGCGUGUAAAUAUUGUAAAUAACCAUUGUAAUUAGUGAAUAAAAUUUUACUUAAUUUACAGAGAAACAAAAUCUAGCCUAUUGCUAAUCCCGACCCAUUAUAGUGUUUUGUCUUAUAAAACUACAAUUAAUAAGCGUAAUGCAGACUGUUUAACUUUCCACGAUUCCCUGGCAAAACCCUCAACAUGAACAAAAAGAUGUACUAUUUAUAACGCACAAUUUAUUGUGUUAGGAUAAAGUUAAUCUAAGAUUUUCAAAAGUAUGCAUAAUGCAUGGUAGAAAGUUUUGUUGUAACAAGUUUAAAUGUUAAUGAUGAAGUGAGAAAAUGAACAAAGAGAUCAACUAUUUCUAACGCACAAUUUAUUGUGUUAGGAUAAAAUUAAUGAUAAGCGUGGAACAACCUAACAUAACUAAAAUUCGAUGGUUUCAUCAUUCCUCUAUAUAAGAUAACAGUUUUCCAUUUAGUAUUAUUGAGUUAUUCAGUGCAUAAAGACGCUAAUCAUGGAACGCUCAAAAUUGCAUUUUCGACAUUCAUUACUUUUGUUGUUUGAUUCGAAGAAACCUGCUGUCGAAGCCCAUGGAACGCCUUCAUAAACUUAUGGUGAUGCUGCUCCGUCGUAUUUUAAUUGUCGGUUUUGGUUUCAACGAUUUAAAAGUGGUAAUUUUAAUGUCAAUGACAAAGAACGGCCUGGAGGACCACAAAAGUUCGAAGACAAUGAAUUGCAAGACUUAUUGGACGAAAACCUAGUUGAAACUCUCAAAGAACUUUCAGACAGCUUAGCAGUUGCUGAAUCAACUGUUUCCAGACGUUUACAUGCAAUGGGAAAGAUCCAAAAGGAGGGAAAAUGGCUACCACACGAAUUUACUGAAAAUGCCGUUUCGAACCGUUUCAACAUCGCGGUUUCAUUGUUUGCCAGGCAAAAAAAGAAGAGUUUUCUGUGGCGCAUUGUGACUAGCGAUGAAGAAUGUAUAACCUACGACAGAAAAUGAACAAACAAUUAUUUCCCAAUAUUUGGAUUUACCACAUGAAAAUAUUAAAAACUGUCCCAUCAAUUAUUGGUUUAAACAAACCUACGUUGUACCACAUAUUCAAUUGGUUUAAACAAACCCAUGGUUACCCAUAGCACUGGUAGCUAAAAAUCGCUUCGCGUACCACCUAUGGUAUGUCAGCGAAAUUAAUUUAGGCUUCUUGGUGUUUGAUGAAAGAUUAAAAGAAGAUGAGAGGGAGAACAUAAUCCAGGGUAUCAUGAGUGCUUAAAACUUGGAACAACCUGAAAAGAAGAGAAUCGUUCAAAUGAGAGAUGUAAAGAAUAUGAAAAUUGUCGAUUUAGUCACAGAAAACACUAAGAAGUUGUUUGAAAUUCUGGAAAUCCAGACGGAGUUUUUCAGUACUCCAGUCUCGGAUUGGGCGUCACAGAUUAUCACAGAGGGAGGGAAAUUGUCAGAAAUCUUAGAGUCGUAAAUGAUCACGCUGAAAGGGCUGUAAAAUUAAUGUCAGAAUUCAACAAAGGACUUACGAAAGAUGAAAGGUCGUAUCAAGACUUGUUAAUUAAUGUCCAAGCCCACGGGAAGUGUAUUCGCUCCCAAGGGGAGUACUUUGAAGGCGACAAAUUGGAAUAAUUUUAAAAAAAAAUUUAAUAAAGAGUUAUCGAGAAAGUUCUGGAAUUUUUUUAUUAGACCUCGUACAUACCUGAAUUCUUACAUUUACUCUUCAAGAAGAUGCAUAAUGUUUUAAAAAUAAGCAAUUGGAAUUCGAGGAGCAUAGGUAAUAAAAUGAACGAACUUCAAAUUAUUGUUAAAAUAUAUAUCCUGCACAAAAUCAGGAAAAUUGACCACGGCAAAAUACCACAAAUGUCUAGACAACAUUAUUUCUCCAUAUGUUUGUGUCAUUUGUUUCAUCUGUCUUCAGUUGUUCUGCGAAGCUCUAGUAUGUAACUGCCAUAUCGCGUUGUACUUUUAUUAUAACUACAAUGAACCUUUAUAUAGUGUUUUCACCUUAAAAGGUGCAUUGUCAGCUUGUUAUUCUCACCUUUUCCUCACUUACUGGUUUCUAACAUUACCGUCAGUACCGAAAAAUUGUAUUCGAAGAAUACAAAAUUGUUGGACUCCAAAUAAUCAGUGCCGUGAUUUAACUUCAAGGAAUAAUAUAAUAAAAAUUCAGUCCUUGGUACAUAAUCAAUCGCAAGCACUAUUUUACAGUGACAUGAUAAGGUAAAUGUAGCUCUAUAUACCUUCACGUAAUUAUGUUUACUUGUUUCUGUAAUGAAUUUCAAUCGUCCAGACGCAAGUCGUUUAAGAGAGGCAUGGGACAAAAAGCAAGCAUUAUUUGAACGAACUGGCCGACAGAUUUCCAAAUCUGAAAUCCGGGACGUGACAGUAGUACAUUAUUGCAAUCUAUCGAUGCUUUUGCCACAACUACCUCAUUUUGUGACCAUUUAACGACUAUAAAUUUGGAGGUGAAUGAGCCCAGAAGAAUACCUAUGUUGUCUAUAACCCAAAUACAUGAGUUGAAAGAUUCAUAUCAAUUCACUGGUAAUUUGCGCGUCAACAUCUGAUAGUCAUUUACACUAGUGACAAAUUUGUUAUUAUGGGACAAUCCGCUAGAUUAGUCGACCUCAUUCGUCGAUUUUUUAGGGUUUAGAGGAGACCUAUUUGAACUGGUCGGCAAUGCUGAAAUAUCACCUCACGACUUCUUUAUGGGAAGUGAGAAGAGACAAACACCUAUGAUAAUAUUUGCCGCCGAAAAUGAAGCUGUAUUUCUCGAUCUCAAGUAAUGGCUUGAAGCUGAACUCGAAAAUACAGAAAUAGACGCACUGGUAAAAAUGGAUGACAUCAUAAUACAUCCCGAUUGACCCUACCGUCAGGGGGUCAGUAGCUUUGGCCCCAAGUGCUAAGCACACAAUUACUCGGAGAAGUUUAGCAGAAUGGAGCCUACAUGAACAAUUUCCUAUAGAGAAGAUAGAUUUUUCGGGGGGAAAUUGGGCUCCAAUGGAUGCAGAAAACGUGCCAGAUCUUUUGGAAAUAAAUCCUGAAGAUUACUGGGUGGGAGAGCUUCAAUGGAUGACGAGCAGAGGAUCUUGCGUAGGGAUAGGUAACGAAUUGAUAAGUAGUCGACAUGUAACCAGAGGAGCACCAGUGAAAGUGUAUCGAAGAGGCUACAGCUAUGCAUGGAGUAGACCGUUUUUGGAUGAUACCAAAGAGGACUUUGUGCAUCUACGGUUCUAAAUUACCAGCUGUAGCUCAUGUGACUAAAGGAGAAAUACUUUGUGUUGUUUGUCCAAUGAGGAAAGUAGCGCAGUCCUUGAUCAUGACAGACGUUGAAAGCGAAUUUGAAACUAGACCAGGAGCAAAAUUCAACAAUUUAAGGCCUAUUGAAAUAGACAACCACUAUACCAAGUGGACACCAAGUAAUUGGACAGAUGUGGCAAACAUGUCAGGCAGUCCCAUCUUUAACUCGGCAGGAAAAUUGGUAUCUAUAUAUGGCUUAGGUAAGAUAGAAGAACGAACAAUAAUAGCUGAUGGAAUGUCAGCCUCAUCAGCAGUGUCAAAGUCUGCAUUAACAGUGAUGGCUCCUGAUAUUAGACCAGAAAUAGUUCCAGAUGUUUUCUUCAGAAUUGCACCAACAGAAGUUGUAACUAACAACUAUGAAUCACCAAAGACAUAUUUCCUAUGUGUGGCACCAACUGGAAGAGGCAAAACAAUAUAUUUUACAAAGAACCUCGUGGAAUUAAUGCCUAGUAAAAGAAAUGUCGCAUUGCUCAAACCAACUGCAGCUGCCGUGGUGGGAGCAUAUAAGAGGAUCAGUGAAUUAUUGAAAGUUUCAGGAAACGGACACUCCAUGUAUACAAUUAAGUAUUUGAUUGGGCAAAGACACGAAGUUGGGACCGAAAGAGCAGGCAAAAGCGAUAGGCUAUUAACCCUGAUGACCUAUGGUCGUGCCAUUUCUCAACUCCAGUCGAUACAAAAUGUGUAUGAUUACAUUCUUUUGGAUGAGAUACACAAUCUUAAUGAUCCAACAGUACUAGCUUGUGAUCUCGCUUUGACAAAACCUAAUGCUAGGUACAAGUGUUGUUCCGUCGAACCCGAACAAGUGAAUAGUUUAAUGGACAAAUACUCAGUUAAUACUGCUAACGAUAAAACUUUGGGACUAGUUUUACUAGCCCGAAUGGUAUUUUAGCCCAGAGAAGCACAACUUAUUAUGGACACUAGACUUAACGGCGAAGGUGUUAUGAUAGACGAAAGUUUAAUGGGAGUUUCCACUUCUGACAACGAGCUCUGCUCAGGCGCUCUUUAUAUUUUUCUAUUGGCAUCUGUAUGAUCCAAUGAUCCUUUGGUCAUUAACAAGGGAUCGAAUCGCCAACGAGCUCUGGUCAGGCAUAAUUCACUUUCUAUGUUGGCAUCUGUC